UCUACUUUCAUAGAUUCAUAGAGUUUUCCAUCCCAAAAACUCAACGCUUUCCAUUUUGUUUUGGUCAUAAAUAUAUACCCUCCAAUAUGAAGCAAAAGAUAUUAGUGAAGGUGCAAAUGCACUGUGACAAAUGCCGAACCAAGCCCUUGAAGAUUGCAGCAUCUGCAUACGGUGUGAGCAAAGUGUCGAUAGAAGGAGCAAACAGGGAUCAUGUGGAGGUGAUUGGAGACGGCGUGGACUCGGUUUGCCUGACGGAGUUGCUAAGGAAGAAGCUUGGCUUCGCGGCCAUAGUAAAAGUUGAACAAGUGAAAGGAGAUAAAAAAGAGGAAAAACCAACUGCAUGCUAUGUUCAGUAUUGUGCUCCGCAGUGUCCUCCAAUGUACUGUGAAGUGGUUCGUGAAUAUCCAGAGCCAACUUGCUCCAUCAUGUAAUUGUCCUAGGAAGUUUUAUUUAAUUUCAUGAUUAUAUCAAUUUAAUUUCAGUAUUUUAAUUCAUGAUUGAAAAGUUGAUUAUAUAUGUACAAAAUGGGCACAUCCACCUCAGCUAGUUUGUCAUUUCAUAUCGAGCAAAUUUGACUUUCAUUUUUGCUGAUGCUAAAUGGAGUUGUUGAUUUCUGUAGAAAGUUAUGACCCAAAGAGGGUAAAUUUCACUA